CUGAGCCCGCGAUGAAUGCUUACCAGGCCAUUCCAGAUCUCGCAUUCAAUGUCGCACCUGUUGUCUGUCAUGCCGUCUCGGACCAGUCAUCCCAGGCACCUUGUGCUGACAUCGAGUCUGCCCUGGCCACACUGUCGUUCCAGGACGAUUGUAUUACCGCACGACAUCUACACAGGUCUGCGGCUUGGUUUGUUUUCAUUCUACUGUGUCACUAGUAUUGGGAGGCCGGGAUCGGAGCUGUCGGAGGACAUCCCACGUACCUGCAUGUUUUUGACGAACAUUGAGUCCAACCCAAAUCGGAGGCAUACUUAUGUCGCCCUCCUUAUAAGCCAUCCUACAGUCUCAUCGCAAAUCGACCGCCCGCAUCACUCGGUUCUAGGUGAGCUUGGCCACAAGCAAGCGUCUACUUCCCCGUCUUCCUGGGUGCCAUUCGUUAUCAUUCACUCUACACCGCGACGACCAUGGACUACGACGCGUACGACGCUUUGCUCCACCACGUCUUCAAGCAGGUAAACCAAGGCGACGCCUGGUUCAAGCCCUCGGAAGAGAAUGUACACGCGGGUGUCUGCUUGCGUGUUGACGCCGGACGCUUCCGUGUCUUCCCUUACGAGAACCCUUACCUCGAGCCGUUUGAGGCUGCCAUAAGGCAGCUCAACCCGGUAGUGGCUGUCAAGAUUCGUAGUGCUGCUAUUCAUGCGGCACUCACCACUGUCAAGGACGAUGCGGAUGCCAUCUUCAUUGAUCGCGACGAGUCCGUCCUUGUCGUCUGGUCCUAUGCGCUCGACACCAUCAUCCCAACCUGUCGCGAGCUGGAGGAAAAGCUCAUACAUCUCGUAUGGAAGCAGCGUAACGCAUUCGGUUCUCUCGCGUCCUCGAUGGCGUCGACCAACGUCUCCGAUUCGAAUGUCAACCUGACAGAGAAGCAGGCGCCAGUCGUUACCGAGAAGGAGGUCGCCGAGCUUGCACAGCAGAAGGAGAACUCCAGGACGAAGAAGCGGAAUUGUGGCAUCUUCAGCUACUGGGUGUCGUCGAAGGACAAUGACUCGGAGAAGACCGCGAGCAACAGGCCAAUAAGAUUGUUUGCGCCCGUGUAUGGUGGUCUGGCCGCUGCCUUGUCGACCUUCUUCAUCGCCAGCGGUAUUGCAACGGUGAUAGAGGAGUCGGUGUUGGACGACACGUACGUCCGAUGGGCCCUCUGCGUGACUAUCCCGUUCUUGUUCUGCGUCUCCCUGUUCUUUUCUGGACAGAUCAUCACGAACAUUUCCUUCAUGCUCGGACCCGUCGCUCAGUUCCACGAGAACUCCAAGUACUACUCUGCCAUCCACCCUGCACCCAACAAGCUCGUGGACUCGAACCUGCCACAUAUCACGGUCGAGAUGCCAGUCUACAAGGAGAGCCUGAAGGAGACUAUCGCUCCCUCUGUGUAUUCCUUGAAGAAGGCGAUGCAGACAUACGCGAGGCAAGGCGGCACUUCCUCCAUCUUCGUCCACGACGAUGGUCUCCAGCUCAUCAGCGAGGAAGACCGCCAGGCGCGUAUCGCUUUCUACGCGGACCACAACGUUGGCUGGGUCGCCCGUCCGCCGCACGACAGCUCUCCGGAUGGGUACAAGCGCGCCGGUCGCUUCAAGAAGGCGUCCAACAUGAACUACGGCCUCGCUCUCUCGCUCAAGCUCGAGAAGCACUUGCUCGCACUCGAGGCCGCCGCACGAGGCAUGAGUCACGUCGAAGGCGAGGAAUCGCUCGAAGACAGGGCGAUGAACAUGGCCGUCGAGGAGAUCUACGAGGAGAGCGGGAAGCGCUGGCGGCCGUGGGCGUGCAACGGCCGGUCGCUGCGCGUCGGCGAGAUCAUCCUCAUCGUCGACUCGGACACGAUCGUCCCCGAGGACUGCUUCCGCGACGCCGCGCGCGAGCUGUACGAGUGCCCCGAGGUCGCGAUCAUCCAGCACGAGUCGGACGUCAUGCAGGUCGCGCACCACUACUUCGAGAACGGCAUCGCGCACUUCACGCGCAGGAUCAACAAGUGUAUCUCGAUGGGCUGUGCGAACGGUGAGGUCGCGCCGUUCGUGGGGCACAAUGCGUUCCUGCGCUGGUCGGCCCUCCAGGACGCGGCGUUCGUCGACCCUGAGGAUGGAGUGCAGAAGAUCUGGUCCGAGUCGAACGUGUCGGAGGACUUCGAUAUGGCUCUGCGCCUGCAGCUCAAGGGGUACAUGAUCCGGUGGUCGACGUACUCGGAGGGUGGCUUCAAGGAGGGCGUCUCGCUGACGUGCGACGACGAGCUGAAUCGAUGGCAGAAGUACUCUUACGGCUGUAAUGAGCUGAUCUUCAACCCUCUCCAGCUUCGCGUCUUCAUCUGGUCCGCCGCCCCCGUUCACUACAAGGUUAGCAUGUUGUCCUACAUGUUCUCAUACUACGGUCUCGCUGCCGCCGCCAUCCUGUCAACGUUGAACUACUUCCUGCUCGGGUGGAACCUCCCAGUCGACGGCUUCUACCUCCAUAGUUUCGAGAUCUGGCUGGCAUGUACCGUCGUCUUUCCAGGCGCCGGUAACGUCGGCUUCACGCUCCUUGAAUACCGUCUCGGCCAACGCAGUCUCUUCGACUCCCUUAUCGAGAACCUCACUUGGGUGCCCUUCUUUUUCUUCUUCUUCGGCGGCCUUUCCAUCCAUCUCUCGCAAGCGAUCCUCGCACACAUGUUCUCCUACGACAUCAGCUGGGGCGCGACCAAGAAAGAGGUCGAGCGCUCCAACUUUUGGCUCGAGGUGCCCAAGAUCCUCAAGCGCUUCUGGCUCGCGCUCGUCAUCUGCUUGUUGCUCGUUGCAGUCAUGAUCAUCUUCAGCACGUCCGCAAUCCCCUCGGGCUGGCAGAUCUUCAGCUGGGACUGGGCCGUCAUCCUCCCGCUCGCCAUCACCAUCGGCUGCCACCUUCUCUACCCGAUUGUCCUGAACCCGUGGUUCAUGAUCUUCUCUUACUAGGCUGGGGUGAGAACGAACAUUGGCUAUAUCUAUGCCACUCUUCUGUCAUUUGUACGGACUUAACGUGUAUCUCGCGCACGACGUAGAGUCUCGGUAUUGACAUAGAACACUGUCUCUGUAGUAUCCUGUGUCCAUAGGUUGUACGCACACCUCCCACCUGUCCUUUCUAUGUACAUUAGUACUCGUCGGUCGUGGUUUCGCUUUGGGCUUGAGUGGUCUCGCUGAUUAGGUUACUUGUCCUCUAGAACAAAAGGAAUUAAUAUCAGAUAUACUACACGA